UCGCACAAUGUUACUACUCUGUGUUCUGAUCAUACGUUUUUGUACCGAAUGUAGCGUGCACUGUGCAGAAUUAGAGCCACUGGAUUCGUUGUGGUUUCAGAGCGAAGGAAAGGAUACAUACUUCCUGACCACAGUAUUGCGAGAGCACUAUCGUGAAUUCGAUGCCGAGGUGUACAUUCGUGUGCGGAACGGAAACAACACCCGGAGUACAUCGUUUCAGAACGAUCUGGUUGAGGAUAUUACGCGUUUCAACGACGAUUGGAUGAUCGUGUCAUUCGGUAGUCUUGCAACGAGCGAGCAUCGGCUCGGUUACUAUAACGUGUUUCUUGUACUUGACUAUGAUUCAUUUUGCACCAGCUUGGAGGAGGACAUAACAGAGACAAGUCAUCAUUUCUACGGAUUGUACACGUUUUUCCUCGAACAGCUCGAUGAUCGUGAGCUGCUGGGAAGUGUGCUGCAAAAGCUGUGGAAUCUUAAGAUCAUUAAUGUUGUCGUUAUUGUGGAGGAAAGUGAUGGGGAGUACGUUGCCUAUUCGUAUCAUCCUUACCGCGAACAACGCUGCGGCAUAGUAGAACCGAACGAGAUUGCGCGGUAUGCCAAUGGAACGUGGGAUAGAAUGGGUGAUUUUUUUUCGGAUCAAUUAUCAAACUUGUACGGAUGUCCGCUUACCAUCGGAACUGUGGAAAUUAAACCCUUCUCCAUGGUUCGUGUUGAAAACAAUCGUACAAUCCAUUACGGACUCGAGGUGUACAUCGUUGAAACGCUUGCAUCUUGCAUUAACUUUACGAUCCGUUACGUACAACCGAAGGAUAACAGCAAAUGGGGUAUAAUCAAUGCGACCAAUAGUACUGGAUUGGUUGGGAUGUUACAGCGCAAGGAGAUUGACUUUGCUUUUGGGAGUCUUGGGUUUUCGCUGAGCCGCCACACGUACCUAAAGAUGGGUGUUCCAAACUUUAUGACGCAAAUGAUCAUGGGAAUACCACCGAAACGGCCGUACACUUCGCUGGAGAAGCUAUUCCAACCGUUCACGGUCGAUGCGUGGCUUUGUAUCGCAUUCGGUUACGCAGUGUUUGGACUUGUAACGCUGGGAUUGGUGAAAUUUUACCGUAACACGAUCCACAACGAAAAUCUACGCAAUCCACUCUACCUGCUGUGGGUACUGCUGAUGGGUGGCUCUGGAGGACGGUUCCGUAUGGAUAGUACGCGCCUGUUUAUGGUGGGAUUUAUUCUGAACACCCUGGUCAUACGGACACUCUAUCAGGCGGGAAUGUUCCAACGGCUGCAAUCUUCCACCUCGCUGGCAUCUGACUACAACACACUCGAUGCGAUCAAUAAGGCCGGACUGUACUACAACAUGUUCCGUGCGUCGCUGCAAUUCUACCGCGACAAUCCGAAGGUUCCCGCUGGUCGCAUCAAGCUGGUGCAGAACGAUCAUCGGGAAUGGGAGGAACUGUUCUACCAGUUGGCGCAUGAUCGUUCAUUUGGUGUCAUGGUAAGCCCUUACCCAUGUAUCGCUUACUACGUGAAAAUGCAUGGCAAGGACGGUGUAAUCUACGUGGGAAAGAACACCGGUUUUACGUACAAUCUUGGUUUUCAUUAUCCAAAAACCACCCCCCUUCAGCGGCCGUUCGAUGCGUGGUUAUUGCGGAUGUACGCUGCCGGGCUGAUACACCACUGGUCGGAAACGUUCCAGGACAAUCGAUACUGGACAAACGCUAAAGAAGAUCCGGAACCGGCCAGCUUGAAGUGGAAUCAAAUAUCUGGUGGAUUUUACCUUUGCAGUAUGUUGAUUGUGUUAUCGUUGGUUGUAUUUCUGGGUGAGAUGAUAUAUUUCCGCUUACGUACUAGCCGAUUAUUGCCGUUGCCAUUGCGCACGUUGCCGAAACGGUGCUAUAAGCCCAAAAAGGAGGUCUAGAAAUGCUUGUGAUAUGGGUUUUUAGUACGGAACGAUAAUUAAGAUAAGGCUGCUUAGAGGUUCUUAGAGGUUCGCUACGACAAACAAUCAUUACACGCGGAAGUCUGACAAUGUAGACAAAGAAAUAUUAACACCGGAACAGAAAUGGAUGUUUCGCGCGCACCAUCGCAGCGAUCUGUUUCGCCAAAAACGAUGAUUCAUCCAUGGAGUGCAUGCGAAGAUCAUGUAUCUGCGCACUCACACACACACUCAACACCGUGUCCAUUUUGCACAGCUGAACCGGGAAGAGGAAGCGAACCGAUCCGAAUCGUAAGCGCCAUAAAUCGGAUCUCGCUCUAGUGUGUGUGUGGUUGUUGAGUGGUUGAACAAAAAAAAAUAUGCUCGCACUCGGUUGAGUUGUGUUUGCAAAACAGUGGCCGUUUGUUUGGUGCUACCAGUUGCACAGAUCGUUCGCUUUAGUAUGUAAAUUUAUUUGUCCAUUUCAAUCACUGUUUGACUCACUGUUUUCAUAAGCAAUUAGUCUUUUCACAGCUUGAAAGAUGUUAGUAAAUUAAAUGAUAUUAGUAACGUUUAGAGCGUUUAUAGUGAACGUCAGUAAUUUGGUCAUAAAAUGUACGCCUAUGUACGUAAGAUCAUUUUUUGUUAGUUUCAUUAUUAGCACCGUGUGUGGACCGGGGUGGCACCCCGGACAGGAAAGCUGAAGCAGGGGAAUUGCAUCUCGUAACAGCAUUUGUGGUUGUGGUUGAUGUUGAAAGUGUCCGAUUGCCUAUUGGCACAAGUGUGCACGGUUUUUGGGGGGGCCUACUGGAACCGGUUUCACGGCAAGAGACAAACUUUCCAAACGACCACCAAUACAAGAUGCUGUGCUUUUUUUCUGGCUAAAGUGUUGUUCAGCUUUUGUGGGCCCGCACAAUGACGGACAUGGUAACACAAAAUACCGAUACAGCCAAGAAAACCGAUCUCGACCGAUUGAGCAAGAAUCCGGUUUCUUUAACGGUGCAAAUCGAACCAUCCAUCCGCUAGCAGGAAUAUGGUGCCUUCUUUGGUGAAUGUUUCAUGUAGUACGUUUACCGUUUUGUUUGCUAAAUGCAAAUAAAUCACAUCCAAGUCAAUCAACGUUAAAGGGUGGUGUGGUUUUUUUGUGUGUCUUCAAUCGAAAAAUUAGCUUGGAACCAUCGCUUGGGUUACAUUAAAUUUGUAGCACCGUAACUAGCCCGUCAGUUGGAAGAGGGAUAAUUUUGUCAGCAAACUAAAUUUACUCAAUCGACAAGAUGUACAAGAACGUGUACAUCAAGCUGAAAGCAAAUAGAUCCUACAACAACUGUAUACCGACCGGGUAGGGUUGUGCUUGAGCUGACCCAAUUACGGUCCAUUCGACAUGGCUUUCCCUUUUUUUUCAUUCACUCUCCAUCGCUUAAAGCGCUUCUCGUUUCUUUUUUUCCGAUAAUUUAUAAAAACAAAACUAGAAGAACAAUCUAUCGAAAGUAAGUUAUUUAUUUGUUUUGUAUUCAAUCUCUAUAGAGUAAUAGGUGGCUCAAUUACUGACGUUCAUUCUAGGCUGUUUGUGAGGCACUGAUCGAAUAAUGAAGGACAGAUAAAUUGCUUUUGCAAACGAACACGAUCUUAUGUAGCGAGUGUAAUGUAGUCAUUUGUAAACGAGCGGUUCAAAUGCAGUUAUCUGUUAGAGCUAUAAAUCUUCAGUUCCAUGUUUAAAAUCGAUUAUCUACUCUUUUAUCAAUUUCUUCUGCUUCUCCUACUCUACUCCUAACGUAACUUGCCAAUUAUUCAAGUUCGUCCUAUUGAAGAUCAUCCGAAACUCAAAGGAUAAAAGGCAAAAUGUCGUCUUUUUUCUUCAAAUCAGUUCAGAAUUUAACACUGGAACUUUUAUGAAGAAGAUGCUUAAGAUCCAGCAGGAAAUUCCCGGAUUGAUGAUAAGAAACAAUAUUCAAAAUUUUGGGUACUAUCGCCAGAAAAGUCCAAAUUAUUAAAGUUAUUAAGCUACCAUAAUCAGAUACGAUCGAAAGGAUUACAUAGCCACUGACGUAUGAACUCCGCCAAUCUAUACCGUAAAACCCCAGUUUUGCCAAUAAACCCCGGUUUGUCCCAUAAGUAGGAGAGAUCAUUCGUAUCAGCUAGCAGAGUUUUGUCCGCUACCUAAGAAAAUUAUCGCUACCACAUUACAGAUAAAGCGGAAUUUCAAUGAAUGGACUCGAAGUAGUGCUACUUAAAGCUUC